AUGAACUCCCGCGACGGUUUCCAAUGGACGCCUGAGACUGGCCUUGCGCCAGGUGUGCCUUCAAUCGGUGUGAUUUCGCCUCCCAUCAAUGUUACCUCUUCUUCAACAGUUUACGAUGCUAUUGUUGUUGGAGGUGGAUAUUCUGGUCUCACGGCUACUCGCGAUUUGACCGUUGCUGGUGUGAAACGUCCGCGUCUCGACUUUGACUUCUAUUCGAGUUUGCUAAUCAUAACAGGUCUUCGUGUUCUUUUGAUAGAGGCUCGCGAUUGA